GCUGGACGAGUCCAGUUCUGAGUGCUCGAGAACAGACCCUACAGAACCUGUACACCUUGGACCCAUCCCAGAAGAGCAGUAUGUAGGCGAAGGAACCGAGGAACCAGUGCUUCCAGCGCCACACGCCCGCUACCGGGACGCAGAAACAAUCACAGAUGUUUGUAACAGCACAGAGCUCCCUGAGGUGGAGAUUAUCAGUCUGUUGGAGGAGCAGCUGCCGGUCUACAGGCUGAGGGCCGACUGUGUGUACGGCUAUGAGCACGACGACUGGAUCCACACGCCUCUCAUCUCGCCUGACACGCGCAUAGACCUCACCUCAGAGCAGAUUGAGGAGACGCUCAACUACUUUUUACUAUGUGCUGAGCGAGUGGGCCAGAUGACUAAGACCUACAAUGACAUUGACGCUGUCACAAGACUUCUGGAGGAGAAAGAGCGGGAUCUGGAGCUCGCUGCCCGCAUCGGUCAGUCCCUCCUGAAGAAGAACCGUGUUCUGUCUGAGCAGAAUGAAUACCUGGAGGAACAAGUGGGCACCAUCAGGGAGGAGGUGGCUCAGCUGCACCACGAGUUGAAUCUAAAAGACGAACUCCUGCAGUUCUACACUAAUGCAGCGGAGGAGAGUGAAGAGGGGUCUGGAUCGCCCACGAGUCAACAGGGAAGGGCAGGAGUUUCUGCACGUAGUGGUUCCUCUCUGGACAUACUGCAGCAAAAGCUACGAGACCUGGAGGAGGAAAAUCUCUCUCUCAGAUCAGAGGCAAGUCAGCUGAAGUCUGAGACUGAGUCGUAUGAAGAGAAGGAACAGCAGCUGGUGAACGACUGCGUCAGAGAGCUAAGGCAGUCCAGUAUCCAGAUCUCCAGUAUAGCAGAAGAACUGGCCAAGAAAACUGAAGAUGCCUCUCGCCAACAGGAGGAAAUCACACACCUUCUCUCUCAGAUAGUGGACCUGCAGAAAAAAGCCAAAACGUUUGCUGUCGAGAACGAGGAACUUUCUCAGCACCUUUCGGCAGCUAAAGAUGCUCAGAGACAGCUUACGGCGGAGCUUCAGGAGCUGGAGGAGAAAUACUCGGAGUGCAUUGAAAUGCUCCAUGAAGCUCAAGAGGAGCUCAAGAACCUACGGAACCGCAGUGUGUCCGCAGGAACUCCUCGACGUUAUCACCCUCUGGGACUUUUUCCCAUGGACUCCCUGGCUGCUGAAAUUGAGGGAACCAUGAGGAAGGAAUUGAGUCUGGAGAAUCCUGACAAUGAAGAACAGAGGGUUCGUCAUAAGCGUGUGUUUGAGACCGUGAAGAACAUUAACCAGUCUGUCAGACAGCGUCCUGCUAAUUCUGCUACCAACAUCCCUGGGUCCAAUCAAGUGCUCUCCUCCCUUAGCUCCGCCCUCUCUGACAGCAAUAGCAACAAUGCAGUGCCUGAUAACCGUACACAGAGCAUGCUCCAGGAGACCGGCUCCUCAGAUGCUGUUGUGGACGCCACCGAGAAGCGAUCUGGCUCUGAGGAGCUCAAACUCGCUCUGAGGCGGCUGUCUCUGCGGCGGCAGAACUGUCUGAGCGAGCGUCUGUUCUUUGAGGGCGAGCGGGAGAGGCGUGAUCGAGAGCCAGCGGACAGUGGCGAAUACUCAAACAGGCUGGUGCACAGCGAGAGCAUCAUGUCCCUGGGCGCUUGGGCCAGCCGGCCCUACCUCCCCGACAAGCUCCAGAUUGUCAAACCUCUGGAAGGCUCAGCUACGCUUCAGCACUGGCAGCAGUUGGCUCAGCCUAAUCUAGGUGGUAUCCUGGAUGCUCGACCUGGUGUGGUCCCCAAAGGCUUUCGGCCCUUGGAGCUGGACCUGGAGGAAGUAUAUCAUUAUGCCGACUAUGAGGAAGAUGAGCCUGGAGAGCAGUAUUUCCAGAAUCUUCCCACCACAACCACAUCUAAUUCCAGUGUCCCUCCCGCCCAUAGCCUGGCCCCCUCAGCCUCCCCGUCACCAUGCCUCAGCACAGGUCACGCUUCCAUAGAGUUCUCAAUGUAUUUCCCGGGCAAGUGCAUGGCUCACACAAGUUCAACCUACACCUUCACCACCUGCAAAAUCCUCCAUCCGUCUGAUGAGCUCACGAGGGUGACACCCAGUUUAAACCCCGUCUUCACUUCGUCCUGCGUGAUGUCAAGCAGUCUGCGCUCGACACCCGCCGCCACGCCAUGUACUCCUCGGCGAAUGAGUCUAUCCCAGUCUCAGUCCUUCACCAACCUGCGGGAUUCCACCAAGACCUUCAGCACAUCUUUGGGCCUGGUGCGCCUCCUGCAGGAGAGGGGCAUCUCUGCUGCCGUGUACCAGCCUCAGAGCUGGGACAGAGGAAGUGGAGGAGUUCUCCUCUCCACCUCAGUUAUUCCUCCUCCGCCUCCCGACCUGAACCGACCCACCACUCCACCAAAUUCUCCCACCCGUUGCAGUCCCAGCCCAGGUUCAGCUGUUUCUGAUGCAGACUCCUCUAUGCCUUUCUCUUUUAAAAGCCCGUCCUAUGAAAACUUCUUGGCUUCCAAGCCAGCGAGGUCUAUUUUGAAAGAGGUGGCAGGGGUGUCUGGGGCUCAGGCUAAAGACUGCGAGAGCCAAACCGAUGUCAGUAUGUAUAGUCUCAACUUGGUUGAUAAGCUGAAAAGGUUGGGGUUAGCAAGCUCUGGGGCAUCUGGUGCAACGGGGGGAGGGAUUCCAAGGCCAAGCCCACUUAUAGGUCCUCUGGGUGGGCUUCGGAGGGCAGGGUCCCCCUUUAGUCCACUAAAUGAAGGUAUGAGGAGAAAUCGAAGCUAUCCUGCUAUGGUUGGGGCCAGUAUGGCAAUGAAGGGGCCCGGCCCUCAAGGGGACGAAAUGCUGCUGGCUCCUAAACUACCCAAGCAAACGAGUCUUAAAUAAUGAGUUAUGCAUAAUAAUGUGUCACAAAAUCAGUGGAUUGUACCUGACUAACUAACUAACACAUAAUUCAAGUCAUAACCUGUAUUAUACACUAAAAAUCACCCUCAACUGAAGUAAUAAUUCACCCCUAAAUAAAAAAGAAAAUUCUGCCGUUUACUCACCUUUAUAUCAUUCCAAAUCUGACUUCGCAGAACACAGUAUUAUUGGACUUUAUUGACUUUCACUGUGUGACCAAACAAAAAAAAAGUUUUUUUCCCCAAAAUAUAUUUUCAGAAGAACGUAAAUCAAAACAGUUUCUGCCGAGCACAAAAUAAAAUUUGGAAAUCCUGGGAAACUAAAUUGUUUUGUUAUAAACGUUCUAUAUCUUCCUUUGUGUUGUGCAGAGGAAUAAAUGCAUGAAAUGCAAAAUAUUACAAACAAAAAAACACUAGAAAUAAGUGGGAACGAAAAUUGUUUGGUUAUAAAACAAUAUAAAAAUAUCUUCUUUUGUGUUCAGCAGAAAUAUCAAAUGCAUACAGGUUUGGAACAACACGAGAGUGAGUAAAUGAUGAAAGAAUUGUCAUUGUUAUCUUAAUAAAACACACGCACACACACAUGCAGAUGGUAGUUUAAAGUGUUAUUUUAAUUCACGUUGAUCUGUCUGUAUGUUUUCUCCUCACUAACUCCCUGAUUCGCCCCGUACAAUCAAACGUGACUUGUAUCCUGUACAGAUGGUGCUGAUUGUAUGUAACCUUUGACCUCACUUUGACUUCCCAGCCAGUGCACAUGCAGGAAGGAACAAAUCAACAAAAACCAAAUGAACUAGAAAAUCUGCACUCACAUGUAUAGUUCAGUCACUAUAAAUGAGAACUAAGUUCAGUUAUCACACUUGACGUGUCGUUUUCGAGCCGACGGCAUUUCCAGGGUAUAUGAAAACGUAUCGAUCUGGGAUCAAUGCUGUUCUGUUCCCGCUUUCGGCAACUAUAAAAAUGUAUUUUCCCAGGUUGCCUGCUGGUUUUGAAGGAUGGCAUUUGAGUUGAUGUAUUGAUGCUAGCAUAUAGGAUGUGCGGCACAGGUUUAAUCACCCACCUCGAACCAACUCUUUUCUUCCAUUACUCUGCCCAUCUUUAUCUGUCUGUCUAUAGCUUUUUUUUAGAAGAUAAAUCUUUAAUAAUGAAGUGACAAUUGUAGCUUUUCAUUUGAUGAGUGGGUGAAUGAACUGGAGGUUAUUGGCUACACGGAUAAACUGUUUUCAGGAAGUGCUGCUGUUUAGCUGGUUUUCUACGUAUAAAAGCGAGUGCCUGUGUGUCAGAGUUUUUACUCAGCAAUUGGAAAACGUUGGAGAGCACCGAUGGGCACUGAACACUUGCGUUUCUAGCGAUUUUAUUCUCUUUAUUUGUUAAUUUACCUCGUUUUGUUUCGUGUUUUCUGAAAUGUACACUUUGACGUUCUACCACCCCGUUUCAUAACGUUUUUGAUAUUUAGUUGCUCUCAGGUAAUGGUCGUACAAGGGAGAAGCUUUUAGAUUAGUGACUACGCAAUAACGUUCGUUUGAAUCCUUUUAUUUUCAAAUAAAAACAAAUGCAGAGAAAUGAAA